CCGCUCCCCUCUCGUCUCCUCACACCCGGCCCCGUGCCCCGUCCUGGCAUCCCUUGGCCUCUUGUCACCUUCUGCCCGGUGCCUCCCAGUUGUCCAACCCCGCCCCCGAGCGCAGAGCCCCGGGUCUGGCCCGUCCGGCCCCUGCUCCCACGCCCCUUCCCCCAUCGCCGGCGUUUCCCGGGCUCGGCUUCGCCCCGGCCGCGGGGGCCUCUCCCCUCUGCCCCUUCUCUCCCUUCUCGCAGCCCUGGGACCACGUCCUAGCCCCGCAGUCCCCUGGGAUGAGACCCUCGUCUCGCCGGGAUCGGACAUUUGCCUCCACCUCAACCCCGGCUGCGCUUCUUGAGCUCUUCGCCCCAUCAUCCUACCCGUUAUGUUGGUUAUCUUUCUGAAGUAGACUCUCCAUGGCCUGAACAUUUUCCGAAAAUCACUUUGAGGAAAAUAUCUGUUUAAUAACAAGAUAACCACAUCAAGAUGGUUGGAAAGCUGAAGCAGAACUUACUAUUGGCAUGUCUGGUGAUUAGUUCUGUGACUGUGUUUUACUUGGGCCAGCAUGCCAUGGAAUGCCAUCACCGGAUAGAGGAACGUAGCCAGCCAGUCAAAUUGGAGAGCACAAGGACCACUGUGAGAACUGGCCUGGAUCUCAAAGCCAACAAAACCUUUGCCUAUCACAAAGAUAUGCCUUUAAUAUUUAUUGGAGGUGUGCCUCGGAGUGGAACCACACUCAUGAGGGCCAUGCUGGACGCACAUCCUGACAUUCGCUGUGGAGAGGAAACCAGGGUCAUUCCCCGAAUCCUGGCCCUGAAGCAGAUGUGGUCACGGUCAAGUAAAGAGAAGAUCCGCCUGGAUGAGGCUGGUGUUACUGAUGAAGUGCUGGAUUCUGCCAUGCAAGCCUUCUUACUAGAAAUUAUCGUUAAGCAUGGGGAGCCAGCCCCUUAUUUAUGUAAUAAAGAUCCUUUUGCCCUGAAAUCUUUAAGUUACCUUGCUAGGUUAUUCCCCAAUGCCAAAUUUCUCCUGAUGGUCCGAGAUGGCCGGGCAUCAGUACAUUCGAUGAUUUCUCGAAAAGUUACUAUAGCUGGAUUUGACCUGAACAGCUAUAGGGACUGUUUGACCAAGUGGAAUCGUGCUAUAGAGACCAUGUAUAACCAGUGUAUGGAGGUUGGUUAUAAAAAGUGCAUGUUGGUUCACUAUGAACAACUUGUCUUACAUCCUGAACGGUGGAUGAGAACACUCUUAAAGUUCCUUCAGAUUCCAUGGAACCACUCAGUAUUGCACCAUGAAGAGAUGAUUGGGAAAGCUGGGGGAGUGUCUCUGUCAAAAGUGGAGAGAUCUACAGACCAAGUAAUCAAGCCAGUCAAUGUAGGAGCUCUAUCAAAAUGGGUUGGGAAGAUACCGCCAGAUGUUUUACAAGACAUGGCAGUGAUUGCUCCUAUGCUUGCCAAACUUGGAUAUGACCCAUAUGCCAACCCACCUAACUAUGGAAAACCUGAUCCCAAAAUUAUUGAAAACACUCGAAGGAUGGAAGCGGUCCAGUGUGAUCAUCCUGCUACAGAUGGCUGCCCAGACCUCCUGGGAGCAGCGCUUUAUCAGGGCACCAUUGUUGGCCUCUCCUGUUGGCAGGUUGGACACUUAGCCGUGAUUGUUGCCAGGUCAGCCUUGACAGGUGGAAGCCUGUGUCACUGAGCACAUGCAUGAUCUUCAUUCCUCCUGCUCUCACAGUAGGAUGUGAACUUUGUUCAUUAGCCUUCUGAGCAAGGGAAACAAUGGCUGGUAAAAUAAUGAGUCAUUUUGUCCACUUGGUUAUUGAGAGCCUCCUCUGCUGAGAUUAUCCAUUGGUCAUCAUUUACAUGGGACACAAAUACUCUCACACUUUUUCCUGUUUGAGAAUAGUUUAUUGACAUAGCUCUUUUCUACAUCUUACCACAGGUUUCCCAACCUUAUUCUAAGUUUCUGAAUUUCCAGUCAAACCAUUUGCUGCUGACCACAAAUCAGUGUGGAUUCAUAUUUAUAGUCAUCACUCCUUUGAGACAAAAUGUGCAGUCAUGUACACUGCUUGGAGUGUAUGAUGAGCAGCCUAAGCAACUUGGGUAACUUGGUAGCCAAUGGUAAAGUGUUCAGUCCUUACUAAGUCCCAGUAGCAAGGGCUACUUCUCAAAAGGGAGAGUAAUGAUCUCCAGAAGUUAGCAUAGCUUUGCUCUAAAAUCCUAGGGUUCUAUACUGUGAUUUACCUCUAGGGCCUGCCAUACCUCCACACACCACUCAUUAAGUAUCAUCCUGUAUCUUAAGUUUUUGUUGGCGAUACUAAUCUCUGCAGUUUCUCUAGGAAUGCAGUAUUACUUUUGGUGUAAUAUUUUGGUAGAGAGAGGCAGCUCUAGUGUAACCCCUGAGGUAUGGCUUUAGUGUGCUACCCAUCUCUGUUAGUCCUAGGGACACCAUCACCAAUCAGCCACCACCAGAGAUCUCUACAGCUCACACCAUUCUCUUUUCCUACUCUACCUCUGCACGUGCUUAUAAAGUAUAGCCAUGUGCCCAUUUUUUCUGUCAUGAAGCAUCACCAGUUGGCUUCUGUGACUCAGAAAUCUUUUCAUCCUUCCCUUGGGUUCAGGAGUGUAUUUCUCUGACAGCCUUUCCCAUUAUUAUUUCUAGCCUGCAGUGAACAAGCACUAAAGAGCUUUUUAGGGAUGUCGUUGCCCCCUUCACCAAUGUAUUUCUCAAAGACUUGGUGAGGGAGUGAGUUCUCUAGACCUUCCUGGGAUGUAGUUCGGAGAUGAGUAAACAGAUCAGUCAUACGUAUUAAAUACACUCCAGUAUUCCUUAUUUUCUAACCUUUUGAAUAAAUUUUAUUUUGAGACUGAGUUUUGCUUUUGUUUCCCAGGCCGGAGUGCAAUGGCACCAUCUCAGCUCAUUUCAACCGCUGCCUUCUGGGUUCAAGCAAUUCUCCUGCUCAGCCUCCUGAGUAGCUGGGAUUACAGGUGCCCGACACCAUGCCCAGCUAAUUUUUGUAUUUUUAAUAGAGACAGGGUUUCACCAUGUUGGUCAGGCUGGUCUCGGAACUCCUGAUCUCAGGUGAUCCACCCACCUUGGCCUCCCAAAGUGCUGGGAUUACAGGCAUGAGCCACUGCACCUGGCUUGAAUAACUUUUAUUUACAGUAUACCAAGGAGGUUCUGGCAUCUAAGCUUCAUUAAGCGACUGAUGGAUCCAGGUUUUAGCCAACCAGUUGAAAUUGUUAGAGUUAUUCCCUAAUUACUCAAGCCAAUAUACUGCAUCCAAAAUAUCUGGUUAAUAUACUCAUAUAUUGAUAAAUUUGGCCAAGUCCAACGUUACAUUCCUUCUUGUCUGGUCUAACAUUCUUAGGAUUCAUUCCUAUACACUUCCUAGGUUUCUGCAAGUACAAAUGGGCAAAAUCUAGCACAAUGACCCUAGCCCUCUGAGGGUCAUAGCAGGUUGGUUCAGGAGUAGGAACCUGACCCAACCCAGGCAAAUAAAGGUCUUUCCCUGGGACUGUGAAAUGGUACCAAGGGAAGAAAGGUGGUUUCUGUCUGGUAGGGAGGGCCACUGGAUAUAAGGCACAGGAACUGUUGCUGGAAGUGUUAGACACUGCUGACUGUUUGUUCCUUUUUCCCUAUUAGUAAAGACUAUUCCUUUAAAAAACCAAAAAAGGUAGAUAAAAAUACCAGAUAUUCAUUUUUCCAUAUACUCUUGUGGGUGGAAUGACCACUUGACCAAUUUUUUAUAGCCAGUGAUACAUAAGGAGAUUUUUUUUUAACAGGGAGAAAAAGAGCUUACAAAUUUUAUGUGCACAUGUAUGCAUGGGAGUUAUACAAUUAAAAAAAAAAACUCAAAUGGCUAGAUGAUUGACACUUUUAUACCACCCUGAGAUACAGAAAGAAUAGGGGCUUGGAUCAUGGCCAAACAAGUUAUGGUGGCAAAACAGGUUAUGGGAGGAAGAGAAGACCACCUUUGCCUGGCUAGCAAAGGUAGUCUUGAACUCUCACAGGCAGCAGCCCUCAGAAAGAAUAGAUAGUAGCCAGUGAUAAAUGUUUCUAGCAGACCCUUAAAGGUAUUAGACUCUCAGUUAAUCAUUCUUAGGUCUGGAUAAGGAGAUGUUUGCUAGGGAUUUUCUGGGAGGGAUUUAGCUUUCUGAGAAAAUAAAGAAUUGUGUGAAAAGA